AGCAACCCUUGGUCAAACCUCUUCCGAUGUAAAAAAAUGAAAUCCGAAAACAGUCGCUCCCAAAUACAUCAUCGUCGACCCUAUCAUCUCCGCCGCAAUCCAUCGUCGCCGGAUUCCGAUUCCACCUCUUCUUUACCACAACUCGGCGCCCUUGUUCUGCUUGAUGUGCGUCUGAUGCUACGCUUGUUUUUCAUCAUUUGUCCGCCGCCGGGAAAAAUCCACUCCAAACGAAGCCUGCGUGAGCUUAUCCCGUCGUAUCUCAGUCGCGUUAGGGAGAGUUCCGAGGCGAUUCCGGUUGUUCCCGGUUCCUGCACCCCAUUCCUCUCAGUUUUGAUUUCUACAGGUGCUACUUGCUAGAGUUGUUGCUGUUUCUUAGCAAUGGCAGCUAGACUUAUAGCACAAUUGGUUGUUUUGGGUUCCGGGAUAAUGGUGAGGGCAUUUGCUCAAGCAUAUCGCCAAGCACUAACAAAUGCUUCCAAAACUGGCGCGGCUCAAGAAGCGGUUCAGAACAUAAAAAGAGUGGGGAAAACAAUGACAGAGAUGGAGGCAAGACAAAUCCUCGGUGUCGCGGAGAAAUCCACUUGGGAAGAGGUCUUGCAGAAGUACGAUAACCUGUUUGAGCAAAAUGCAAAGAAGGGGAGCUUCUAUCUUCAAUCCAAAGUCCACCGAGCCAAAGAAUGCCUAGAAUCUGUUUACCCAAAGUAGUAAACCACAUGGAGGGAGUACAUCUUGUUUUGUAUUUUUAUAUGUAGUGGUGCUAGAAAUGCUUCUUGAGUUUUAAAGAUUGUUGAUAUGCGUCGUCUUCGGGUAAAGACAAUAACAUUUUAAAAUUAUU